GUCAUGCGCGCCCUCACGACCACGCCGGAGUGGCUGCCCUUCUUCCCGUCGAACCGGGUCUGGGACAGCUCGCAGGGGCGGCAUGCCGUGGCGUCGGUGGCCGCGCAGAAGGCGCUGAUCCUGCGAGAUCUGUGCCCCACGGCCAGCAAGAUCGUGCUUGUGGACGACGCGCUGGAGCGGGACCCCCCGCCUGGCUGGCUCCUGGAGGCGGGCGCCCCCGCGCUCGGCGGGGGCCGGCGGGUUCUCGGACCUCCCCUACGAGGGCUGCGGCGUGGACGCGAGGGUCCUGCAGCAGCUGGAGUACUCACUGUUCCGGUGAGCGGCGUGGCCGGCGGGGUGUCAGGCCGGCACCCUGCCAGUCCUGGUAGGCGGGCCUCCGCGGCGCGAGCCAUGGCGCUCCAGGGCCCGCUCCUGGAGGAGCGCGGGAGGUGGGCGCCGGAGGUCGACAGGAUCUACGAUGAAGGCGGGCAGGUCCCACCAGGAGCGAAUCCGCCGAGCUUCAGACCGACGCCUUUGGGAUUGAAUUUCACCAUGGGCCCAGGGCUCCGGUGGGUCAGAGCAGCGACGGUCUUCACACUUAUCAUGUGGAUGCUUGUCAUGCCUAUCGUGUACACCCAGUUGACAUGCGACCCCAAGACGCUCGACGCUCAUGCCGCAAAGCACCCCAUGUGGGUCUGGGCCAUCUUGCUCGUGUUGUCAGUUGUGGUCGUACUCGCGGAAGCGAAGGCCCUGAUGUAUUGCAUGCGGCCGUUCAAAGAGUCACGGACGGAUGCUGGCUUGACAGAGGCCCGACUCGGCAUACUCGGUAUUUUCAAAGUCAGCGAUACGAAGUACAUCCUUUUUAGGUUGUUCUCGACAUUCGUGAACGUGUUCUUCGGCUUGUAUAUCUUUGGCCUCAGCAUGGUGCAGUCAGCAGGGGAUCAGCUCUGUCGCGGCACGACCCUCUGGCAUUUCGCGUGGGAUGCGACGAUGUUGCAAUCAUGGUUUCCGUUCAUCUCACUGUACUUCUGGGACAAGGCGGCACUCCGGCAGACGUACGGCCACACCGUUAUGAGAGGCGGCGUCAUCCUCAAUCUGCAGGUGACGCAGUUCUAUCUCCACAGGGCAGUCAUGUUGCACACCAUGAACACUAUUUAUCCGCUGGACCCGCUGGUCAAGUUGAGCCUGGAGGAGCCCAGCCGUCACGGGCGCUUCAAGCCGACUUUCCGGUCUGCGCAGACGUGGCUGAACGCGCGCAAUUGGAGGCCACGGAAGCCGAAAAACCUGCGCGGGGUUACGCUGGAGCAGGAGGCAAUCAUCAUGACCACGUGGGUGAGCACGCUACAAUUCACAUUGCUCCAGGCGCCCGUGGACGGGGCCGCGAUGAGCCCCGAUGACGGUUGGCGCCCAGUGCAGGAUCGGCACAUCAUGGACCAGGUCGGCGUGAACUUCGACCUCUUCUCGGGCGCGACGACCUGGGUAGAUCCGGAAGAGGCGGAGGCAGGGGCGAUCCGCGUGCAGGGGUCUGGCUCCGGGGGCGACAAGCGCUUCGGCACCGUGCAUAUCUGCCUCGGAUGCGACCUGGCGCAGCCGCAGCCGAAGCUCUUCAUCGCGUUGAUGCUGAAGGCAGGCCGCAUCAGUGCUCGUGAGCGAGCAGCGUACGAAGGGCUAACCAAUGUGCAAGUCGCUUUCCAGAAGUGCGCUGUGGUCGAUCAACCCCUGCUGGGCCAGUGGCUUGAGAACACGUGGAAGAUUUUUCGCGGUGAGAAUCCAGAGCGGCACGCCCUGCUGACAUUUGACAACCUCAACUGCCAGAGCCGGCUGUCGUCCCGAAGGGUGCUCGCCGAUCACAAAACCGUCGGUUUGCUGGGCCGGAAGGGGUCAAGCACCCACGUCUGGCAGGGGAUCGAUCGAGGCGUGGGCAAGGACAACAAGUGCAUCCUUUGCGAGGAGCAGACGGAGGGGUUGAUGUCCAAGGAGAACUUCAAGCGCUGGCCCAAGCUGACAGCUUGGGAGAAGCAAGCGCUGUUCGCCCAGAUGGCUUCGCGCGCGCACGGCCGGUGCACUGCGCACGCGAAGUACUUCGGGCACGCGGGCCUCACGGUGUCUGUGACGCAGGCGCGCGUGGACAACGCCAAGGCCGACUCGAGCCCGAGUUGCCAGGUGCCUCCCGUCGAUCAAUCCAAGAUUGACGAGCUCAAGGAGCUCGUGGAGGACCCGGGCGAGGCGGCUGGCGAUGGCAGCGGGAGCGGCGAGGAUUCUGGCUCCACAGAUGACAACGCAGACCUGGCCCCGAGCGAGCGCGCCGACACGGCGACGGUCACUGCCCUCCUGCGGUGGGCUCACCGCAAAGGCCACCGGAACUUCAUGGACGCUGCUCAGUACCUCAUCCGCGCGGCCCGCCACAAGAAGGCGGCGCACAAACUGUCCCAGAAAUUCGUCCUUCAGCACUCGGUCGAGGAAGCUGCGCUCGCCAUCGAUCCCAGCUGGAGCACUGCGCACUGCUGGACGCCACGCCUGUCCGCGGCCCUGGAAAGAGAGGCCGCGGCCCAGCGGAGCGCGGAGGCGUCCAGUGCGCGGGCCCGCGCGGCCCCGGACGAGGCGAGCGUCGCGAGCGGCUCCGCGUCCCUCCUCGCGCGCGGCAUGGCCCGGCGGCGGCGCGCGGCGCCGCGAUGCACCACCGCCGGGAGGGCGCCGACGGGCUCGAGGAGCGCCGGCGGGGGCCUGGCGGAGGCCGAGGAGGCCCUGAGGCUUGCACAGGGCGUCGUGUCGCAGCUGGAGGCGCGCCUCACCGGGCUCCUGGCGCCCUCGCUGGGGCAGGCGCGCGUGAGGGCGGGCGACUUCCAGCGCCAGUGCGACUCGCUGAGGGCUCGGCUGCACGCCUGCGCGGGGGCGUCCGAAGAAGGCACCGACGAACUCCGCAAGUUGAGCAGGCGGGACCUCUGCGAGAUCAAGCAGUUCACGAAGAACCCCCCCGACGCCAUCCGCCGCACCCUGGUCGCUGCGUGGCUGCUCCUGAACGGCGACCGCUUUGCUGGCAGCGAGCGCGUGAGCUUCGACGAGAUGCACCUACUAUGGCGAGCUGGUCACCGACCCCAGCCUUGUGGCGGCAUGCGCCAGGUGCGAGACUGGCCCAAGUGCCAGCGGAUGCUGGCCCAGGACGGCUUCAUCGAGAAGAUUCUCCGCUUCGAGGUGCAGAGGCUGGACGACCUGCCGCACGUGGUGUGCCAUGUGGCGGAGCGCUUCUUCGGAAUGCCAUUCCAGAACCACCGACACCGGGGUUCGCGCGGUGCCCGCGCGGCGGCGCCCGACGCCGCGGCGGCGCAGCACGACUCCGCG